AUGACAACAACAACAACAACGACAAGUGUCGAGCAGCAGCUCAAGUGCAGUCAGCAGAAGACAGAAGCCGAACAGCAAUCACCAGCAGCAGCAGGCAAAGCAGCAACUAAUGCAACAGCAACUGUUACAGCAGCAACAACAGCAACAGUUGCCACUGCUACCAAAUCCAGUGCCGCAGCAAUGGCCGCUGCAACAGCAACAGCAGCAGCGGCAACCAAUGAUCUGGCAGCAGCUGCUGCUGUCGUCCUCUCACUACAGGGCACCAUGGUCAGCAGCCUACAGCAAGCGGCAUUGCUGCCGGCAAAUUCAGCGGCAGCAGCAGCACUCAAUUUACAGGCGCUCGAAUCGUAUUUGGCACUGCAGCGUCUCACUGGCAAAUCGGAUGUGUUUCGCUUUAGUAGCAACAGCAACAGCAACAGCAGCACCAACAAUAACAACAACAACAACAGCAGCUGCAAUGGCAACAGCAACAAUAGCACGCUGAGCAGCAACAACAGCAACAGCAGCAACAACAGCGAUGCUGAACAGAAUGCAACAUUGCCAGCACUCAUUGAUUUAGCCAGCAUAGAGCUCAAGUCUAGCUGCUCGUCGAGCGCCUCCAGUGUCUGCACAGCCGUUGUCAGCUCACCCAACGCCAGCAGCAGCAACAACAACUCUAGCAGCAACAACAACAAUACUAAUAGCAACAACAGCGGGAGUGGAAGCACAUCGAAAUGCAUUCCACCGCUACCAUCGAUAAGUACCGUUAGCGCCGCUGUUGCCGCUGCUGCCGCCGCUGCCGCUGCUGCUGCCAAUCAGCAGGCAGCGUUGGAUUGUGCCACCGCCGCUGAAUUGGCCGCCGAAUGCGAUUUGCCGCUGCUCGACGGCGAGGAUGCGUUGUCCUUUGAGGCGGGCGACUUGGACAGCAGCUAUGGCAGUUUCAUCUUCAAUCCAAACAGCUUUGGCGCCACGGAAGCGGACACAUCACUGCACUCGCUGCAGGCGACCAUGUACCAGGACAAGCUGAGUGUCAUUUCUGCUGCUGGGGGCGGUGUUAGUGGUGCUAGUGGUGGUGCAGAGGAUGCGGCAAAUAGCUCAACAGCAGCGGCAGCUCAACGCUCCAAGAAGCAGUUCAUUUGCAAGUUUUGCAACCGCCAGUUCACCAAGUCCUACAAUCUGCUCAUCCACGAACGCACCCACACGGACGAGCGUCCCUACUCCUGCGAUAUAUGCGGCAAGGCAUUCAGGCGACAGGAUCAUCUGAGAGAUCAUCGAUACAUCCAUUCCAAGGAGAAACCCUUCAAGUGCGCCGAAUGCGGCAAGGGUUUCUGUCAGUCGCGCACUUUGGCCGUCCACAAGAUACUGCAUAUGGAGGAGUCGCCGCACAAGUGUCCCGUUUGCAAUCGAUCCUUCAAUCAGCGCUCGAAUUUGAAGACGCACUUACUCACGCACACGGACAUCAAGCCCUACAAUUGCUCCUCGUGCGGCAAAGUGUUUCGGCGCAACUGUGAUCUGAGGCGUCACAGUCUCACGCACAAUCUAUCGGCAACGGGUGGUAUGGGCGGUGGCUUAGGUGAUCUGUUUGGUGGCAGCACCAGCAACGGUUCCAGCUCCGAUCUGGGUGUAUCCAUGGUUCUGCCCAGUUCAACGGCCGCAGGAGCGCCAACUCCUUCAAGUACACGUGACUUAGUUGCCGUCAGCGAUUGAACUCAAUUCGACUUCCCCACCUCUCUCUCCGAAGAAAGGUAGCGACCCUUUUAAAUCUCAUUUGCAGCUCUCAAGAAUUCGAAUCCCUCCACAAAAUGUGUCUGAUCUGUGUUGCUUGUACUCGAUGCCUUCAAGUUGCUUACAGCUUACAGCAUUUAAUUUUAGUUUUAGCUUGUGACUAAAUAAAGUUAAGCUAAUGAUA